AUGAUUAAUGGGUUAGAAAGCAAGGUGGGGUUGAUAGUCCUACCGUUCAGGUUGUGUCAAAGCACCGUCCAACGAAUGAAGUGUCCGGAGUCGACGUUGAAAGAAUUGUUGAACAAGUUGCUAUCAGAUUGGCCCGGUAAUACAGGCGGAGGUGAAGCGAUCAUGUUGGAACUCACCGAGUUGAAAAUUGGCGUGGAAAAGAGGAUUUCACAAAAUCGGCCCGUGGUGAUUAUAGUGGCAUUAAAACACGUCGAACGGCCGAAAGGCGUCCAGGGCUUCAUUGUAGAGAGCCAUGGGUUGACCCUUCAAAUGCAAAGGAAAGGCUGUGCAGAAGACGGCGUCUAA